AUGGCCUCCACCACUUUGAUGACAAAGGCAGUGAAAACUCCUGGGGUGGGAGGAAGAUGUUGCUUGACUCCCACAGAGAGCAACAUGAAAGGCAUCGGUCUGUGCAGAGAAAGCAUGAUCGUUUCAGUGGAGCAGAUGAUUCAGAAGAGCAUCACCUUUGCACUCGAGGAAGCAUCACCUUUGCAUUUGCAGAUAAUGAAAUCUUUGCACAAGGAAAGUAAAUCGAGGAUUGGCUGUAGAUCUACCAGUAGAGGUUCUUUAGUAAAAACAAUUGUGCUAGAUGCGGCUAGGAACUCAAAAUGUGGCAUUUGUUUAGAAAAAAUUCAAGAUGCUACUUACCUGAAUCCUUGUAACCACCGAUUCUGCUUUGCUUGCAUCCAGAACUGGUCUAAAAAGAAAGUCCUAUGUCCACUCUGUAAGCAGCGAUUCUAUUCAUUCUUUCACAUUGUGAACACGAAAGGUACGUUUUGUGAAUACGUUCUUCCUUUGAGUGAUGACUCCUUUCCACAUUCUGAAACCAGGAUAGGUCAUGCAUCAAGUUCCUCUCAAAGGUCUGCAUCACCACCUGACAGCGGGAUAGUGCACGAUGAAAUUAGCGGAACUCUCAGUCAAACAGAGAAGGAUGUUUAUCAGCUGAUGCGACAGUUUGCAGUAACAAAGAGACCUGGUAAUAUAGACAUAAUAACCCUUGGGAAAUUUAAAGCCCAUGCUGUCGUUCAGUUUAGGAGAGCUCUAUACCAUGCUGGCCUCCUUGUUCAAAAAACUCACUAUCCAGAUUUGUACCGAAAUGCUUCAGCGGAGUAUUUCAGCAGACACCCAGAUAGCUUCGACAGGUUAAUCCCUUGGCUGAAGCGAGAAUUAAAAGUGUUGUGUGGGAAUCAAAAGUCAUUGAUUCAAACUUUGCAGAGCUUCAUUCUAAAUAACAUGACUCAGCAUGAUCUACGGAGCAAGGAGUUUGAAGAUCUCUUACGGCCUCACUUGCACCAUUUCACCAGCCACUUCUUGCAUGAACUCAUCAGUUUUGUACAAUCGCCAUUCACUAUCAAGAAAUAUGACUGGCAUUCCACAUAUGAAUGCCCACCUCUUCCAAAAGAAGGUUCUGAUUCUUUCAUUUCUUCUUCAACUUCUGAUGAUGAGCAUUCCCAGCUUCCGGAUGAUGAUCAGGCACCCGAAACUGAUGGUAAUUUAGAUGGUGGAAACCUGGGAAGCCCCCAGUCAUGUUCAGAAAAUGAUCCAUCAGCUGUGGUAGAUGGCACACAAUAUCCUAACAAAGAAGGAAAUAAUUUGGAAGACUUGACCAGUACUGGUAUGGAAAAAGAUGGGCAUUCAUCAGAUAACUUUAUUCAAAAUCAGGGGGUUAGUUUACCACCAAACCCAUCCGUGCAGCCAUCAUUAUUACAUAAUCAGACACUUCCAUGCAAAAAUGAAAAUGAAAAGAUAGGAGAACCGGAUCCUGUUCAGACAUGCAGCUCAAAGAACGUCGAACCUUUUGAGGAUUCCUCAAAUUUAUUAGCAUCAGGUGACUAUAAUAUAUCUAAUUGUAAUAAUGGAGAGAUUGUGGCAAUCCCCAAUGAGCAACAUGUAUCAAAAGGAGAAACAAUCCAGUUCCAACAACCAGAUGUUUAUACCAACUACUCAAGAUGUUCCUCUUCAGAAAGGUGUACAACAGUAUCUCCUGGCAGGAAGAAUGUAUUCAAAAAGCGGGGAUCAAGGGGUAUCGAAUGUUAUGCGGAGGAAAGGCAUGGAAGGCAAAGUAGAGCAAGAAACUACCAAGAAAGAAAGCAAACUACAAAUUACACCAGAAUUGGAGAAAGGAGGCCGAGAACAGAGGCAGAGAAACCAAGAUGUCAAGAUGUCAGCUUAUUUCACCAGAACAAAAUGCUUUUGCCGUUCAAAAAUGAGAACAUUGUCACUAGGAAUAUAAGCAAGUCAAGAUAUCAGCAAAGUAAUCAUUUUACAAAAUUAAGGAACAAAGACUAUGAUAAUUUAAGGAACAGUCCUGCCAGUGAACCUAGCUGGAGAUACCUUUACUACAAACAAGAUUAUGAAAGGUAUAGGUAUGAGGAAUUCAUGCGUCAAAAGGCUGGUGAACCCAGAUUUUAUCAUCCACACAUGCUGACUGGCUCCAAGGGGAGGUCAUAUUUCUCCCCAGAAAAUAGAACAUCAGCCCAUCAGGAAAGCCUGGCCAAAGGAUGGAAUUAUUCAGAGACACACAGAAGUGCAGGCAGGCCAAAGAGCAGAUUUGUUGCAUUAGGACCAGAAAGAGGGUCUUUUGAAAAGCUAGGUAGGAGAAGGAAGCACAAAUCACACCACCUGGAAUCUGGCUAUGCAAAGGGAGGGGCAAGGUAUUUCCAGGAUUAUAUUGUGUAG